ACACACCUCAAGGGCUGAGAGCUGACCUCCUACUUUUUAGCUUUUCUCUCGCUGAGCAGCAGUACAGUCGCGGCUUUGUACUCUUGUGUCUCUAGUGACCAGAUCCUUGCAGCAGUCUAUAUAUAUAUAUAUAUAAUGGCCUACCCUCCACCCGGUCCCCCUGGAGCUGGAGGUUAUCCUCCCCCUGCUGGGGGUCCUGGCUACCCCCCUGUUAGCGGCUAUCCUGCCCCUAUGGGAGGACUCGGUUACCCGCCCCCUGCUGGAGGUCCCGCUGGUUACCCCCCACAAGCAGGGUUCGCUAUGCCUAUGGGCGGCCCCCCACAGCCUGCAGGGCAAUCCUACGGUGCACCAGGAGCUGGAUAUGGACAACCACCUGCCACAGGCUACCCCCCUGUUAGUGGGUUUGGAGGAUAUCCUGGCCAACCCCCUGCGGCUGGCUACCCAGGCCAACCCCCUGCUGCUGGAUACCCCGGCCAACCCCCUGCUGCUGGAUACCCCGGCCAGCCCCCUGCUGCUGGAUACCCCGGCCAACCCCCUGCUGCUGGGUACCCGGGCCAACCCCCUGCUGCCGCUGGGUACCCAGGCCAACCCCCUGCUGCUGCUGGAUACCCCGGGCAACCCCCCGCUGCCGGGGGGUACCCUGGUCAACCCCCUGCUGCUGGAUACCCACAACAACCACCAACAAGUGGUUACCCAGCGCAACAGCCUCCUGCGACAGGCUAUCCCGCUCAAGCCCCACCCACUAACUACCCCCCUCAAGGGCAACCCCCUGCACAGCCAGCUGGUCACGCACCACCCCCCAGUCAACCAGCACCACCCACUCAACAGGUGACAGCUGCCAUGUCCAAGAUGACUGUAUCCCAGGGUCAUGGUACAAUCAUUGCUGCCGCGUCUUUUGACCCCGAGACUGACGCUGCCGUCUUCCGUAAAGCAAUGAAAGGAAUUGGUACGGACGAAGCUGCCAUCAUCAAUCUACUGGUUGCUAGGACCAACGCUCAGCGACAACAGAUCCGACAGAAGUUCAAGCUCAUGUAUGGAAAAGAUCUUAUUAACGAGCUCAAGUCUGAGUUGAGUGGCAACUUUGAGAACGCUAUCCUGGCCAUGUUGGAACCCUCCACCCUGUAUGAUGCCAAGUGCUUGCGUAGAGCCAUGCGUGGAGCUGGCACUGAUGAGGGUGCUCUCAUUGAGAUCCUCUGCACUAGGACCAACAAGGAGGUACUGGACAUCAAAGCCGAGUACAAGAGCCACUAUGGUCGUGACCUAGAGAAGGAUGUUGUGAGUGAGACCAGUGGACACUUCAAGCGUCUCCUCGUGUCAAUGUGUCAGGGUGCCCGUGAGGAGAACACUACUGCAGACAUGGAGAAGGCCAAGCGUGAGGCAGGGGAACUGUAUUCGGCUGGAGAGAAGAAGUGGGGCACUGAUGAGAGCAAGUUCAACCACAUCCUUGCCACCCGUAGUCAGGCACAACUUAUUGCCACCUUUGAGGAGUACAUCAGGAUUUCCCAGCGUGAUAUUCUCAACUCUAUCGAGCGUGAGAUGUCAGGUGAUCUGAAAGAGGGCAUGAAGACCGUGGUCAUGUGCAUGCGUAGUCGCCCCGCCUACUUUGCCGAGAAGCUGUACAAGAGCAUGAAGGGAGCUGGUACUGAUGAUGACACACUGGUCAGGGUGGUCGUCUCCCGUUCUGAGUAUGACCUUGUGGAGAUCAAGAAAGAGUUCCUUACUCGCUAUCACAAGACAGCCUACAAGAUGAUACAAGGAGACACCUCUGGUGAUUACAAGAAGCUCCUCUUGGCUAUAGUCCGUAGUGAUGUCUAGAAACACAGACAUUAUAUAUAGUAACAGCGACUGCUAAAUUUUAGUGUAGUAUUGUAGUUUGUGUGUGCAUGUGCUGGUCGAUGUAGCUAGAAACACUUGACUUGUUAAUUUUUAAUAGUUUAAAUAGAAUUGUUACUUUUUGA